GCCAGUGGUCAGUCUUCCCCUUACUAACUUGGAAUGGUUUCAAAUCGCAAGCAUCUGCGCUUAACCCGCACGACCAUUCAUCAGCGAACCUGUCGGAUCGAUGUUGCUCUAACCUCUGAGGUGAUCCUGUCACACACACAGCCCGGCAGAGAUGAUCAGUACCACCGGUGUGUAUGGUUUAAAGAUGCAGUGGACCCCAGAGCAUGCACAGUGGGCGGAGCAGCACUUCGACAUCUCCUCCACCACUCGCUCCCCCGCCCAUAAGGCCGAGGCGUACCGCGGGCACCUGCAGCGGACCUACCAGUACGCGUGGGCCAACGACGACAUCUCCGCCCUGACCGCGUCGAACCUCCUGAAGAAAUACGCCGAGAAGUACUCGGGCAUCCUGGAGGGACCGAGUGAGAGGGCGCUGCUCUGCUCAUACUCGGAGGGCGGCCCGGGGCUCCUGAAUGGCCGCAAGUCGGAAGGCGAGGCGUGGCAGGAGGGGAUCUACCCGGUGAACUGCGCUGCUGACGUGCUGUCCGCCGGCAAGGCGGUGGUGCCCGCUGCCCUUCCCCCGGCGGAAGGCGCGGCCAGCGUGGGCAGCUCGGCAGGGGUGGCCAGCAGCCUGAGCGAGCCCAGCUACUCCAGCAGCGGCUGCGGGAGCCACACGCCCGCCGCCCUGCACUCGGGGAUCCCCUCUCAGGAAUUCGCCGGCGGCUACAAUGGCACAUACCUGCACACCACCUACAGCGGCGGGCAGAGCACCCCAGGUCUUGCCUCCCCACACCCCUCACCUCUGCACAGCAGCGGCCUCCUCCAACCAGCCCCGCCUCCCCCUCCACCUCCCCCGACGCUCGUGCCGAGCUACAACGCAGGCUCGCCCAACCUGUCUGGCUACAACUAUCCUGCUGGCUAUCCCCCCCAGGCCGCCGUUGCUCCGGGCUACAGCCCCGGGGGAGCCCAUCCUCCCUCCGCCUACCUGCCCUCGGGCAUUGCGGCUCCCACCCCGCUGCCCCCCUCCACCCUCCCCGGCUACUCCUACCAGUCCCACAGCCACGCGCCGAUCGCACCCACGCCUUUGAACGGCAGCUCGGCCAACUCGCUGAAAAGGAAAGCGUUUUACAUGGCGGGGCAGGGAGACAUGGACUCCGGUUAUGGAAAUUUCAGCUACAGCCAGCAGCGCUCCACUCAAAGCCCCAUGUACAGGCUGCCAGAUAACAGCAUCGCUGACUCCAGCAGAGGCAACGGAUUUGACAGAAGCGCUGACGCCUCGGCUCUUCCGUUUAAGCCCACCAAGCAGGCCAUGUCCUCCGAGCCGCAGCGCAAGUUCAGCGGCCAGCCGAGCAGGGCCAUCACCCCUCCGUCCUACAGCUCCUCCAAAGGCUCCGUGCGGCCAGGUGAGCCGUUCGGCAAGUUCGGCGAGCACGGCGACGAGCAACAGCACCACCUGGCCCACCCGAGCGGACACCCGGCCGAGGAGCAGCUGAAGAACAGCGACGCGGCGCUGGUGGAGAUGGUCAGCACCGAGGUCCUGCAGCAGAUGCCGCCCGUGGACUGGGGCGACAUCGCCGGCCUGGAACUGGCCAAGGCCACCAUCAAGGAGGAGGUGCUGUGGCCCAUCCUGAGGCCGGACAUGUUCAGUGGCCUGGCGCCGUUACCCCGCACCGUACUGUUCUUCGGGCCGCAGGGCACGGGCCGGACUCUGCUGGCACGCUGCGUGGCCAGCCAGCUGGGCGCCGCCUUCCUGCAGCUCAGCGCGUCGGCGCUCGUCACCAAGUGGCUGGCCGAGGGCGAGAAGGUGGUGCAGGCCUCCUUCCUUGUGGCCCGCUGCCGGCAGCCGUCGGUGGUGUUCGUCAGCGACGUGGAGCUGCUGCUUUCGCCGCAGCUGGCCGAGGAGAGCUCCGCCAACCGGAUCCGCAGUGAGCUGCUCCUGCAGCUGGACGGCGUGCUCGGCUCGCCCGAGGAACACGUCCUGGUCAUCUGCUCCACCAGCAAGCCCGAGGAGAUCGACGAGGCCGUGCGGAGGUACUUCGUGAAGAGGUUGCUCAUCCCGCUGCCGGACAGCACCGCCCGGCACCAGCUCAUCAGCCAGGUGCUGUCUCAGCACAACUACUGCCUCAGCGACAAAGAGGUGACGUUGUUGGUCCAGCGGACCGAGGGCUUCUCGGGCCUUGACGUGGUCCGGCUCUGCCAGGAGGCCAUUGUCGGACCAUUGCACAGCAUGGCCAGUGCCGACCUCUCCACGAUGAUGCCAGGCCAGGUGAGGCCAAUCUCGUACCAAGACUUUGAGAAUGUCUUUUGCAAAGUCCAGCCCAGCAUAUCGCAGAAAGAACUGGACACGUACAUUGAGUGGAAUAAAAUGUUUGGCUGUAGCCAGUGA